AUAUGGGCGAGAUUGAUACCAAACCUAUUGAACCUGUACAGGUUGCACUUACCUUGUUUGGAGAGAAGAGUGAACAGAGGAAACACCGGCCUGGAAAUAGCAGCAGCAGUGAUGUGAGAAGUAGCAGCAGCGGUGAUGACGUGGAUAAAGAGAAGGAUCCUGAAGGAGUACAAAAGGAUUUGGCUAACUACAAGUUGCAGCUGGAAGCCAAGGACGCUGCUUACUGGCAGCUGUUACAUAAAUUGGAGCACUAUCAGAAAACAUCUGAGGAACUUUCUACCCAGCUGAAGAAUUCUGAGGUUGAGAGAGAUGUCAACUUAGAAGAAUGUAGAGAAGCUAGAAUUCGGAUAGAUGAACUCGAGGCUAAGAUAAAGGAGAUGGGUGAUCAACUGUUGGAAUCUGGAAAAUUAAAGGAGCAGCUUUCACAUAUUCUUGGUGAAUUGAAGGAUGUGCAAGGUGAGUUGCUUAGUAUGGAAAUUGAACUUGUUGCUGCCACAGAAGAAAAGCUGAAGGCCUUGACGCAAGCAGAACUGAUGGAAUCAGUUGCCAACAUGGAAAAGGGAAGAGCUGAAGAGCUUCUAAAGCGUGUUACUGACCUCAACGAAGCUCUUCUUCUGUCAAAACAGGCUGCAGAAUCUGGGAAGAUUGCAGAGAUAAAGGAGAGAUCAGAAACAGAAGCUCAAGCACAAAAACAGGUGGAAGACAUGAAAAUGCAAAUGGAAAUUAUGCAAGAAUUGGAAAAUAAGCUAAGGGACAAAUCUGUGUUCAUUGAUUCGCUGCAGGUGGAACUUAAUCAAGCAAAUGAAUUACUUAGUUCAUCUGACAAAGUUGUUUCUGAAGUCAUAAAUGAUUUGAACCAGCUAAAAGCUGAUCUGAAAGCCAAAGAAAAAGAGAACUCUGAUCAAGCAAUUUAUAUUGGGGAAUUGGAAACCGAAAUGAACCAGCUAAAACUAGAACUGAAGAAAGAAAAUGAAGAAGUAACUCAGUUGAACUGCGAAGUUGAAAUGCUCACAGAUGAGUUGGAGAAGGUAAAAAAUGAAAUGGGAGGAAUCAAGGAAAGAGAGAAUGAUGCACAUGCUGAGAUAGCAAUGCUAAAAGCUGAGCUUCAUAGAGCAAGAUCAAACAUUGUUGCAGCAGAGGUAUCUGAAGCAAAAGAAUCCAAGAAAGAAAAUGAAAGGCUAAAACAAGGAUCAGAAAUGGUUACUGAAGAAUCCCUUGACAUUGGCUUGGUGGGCAACGGACCUGAGAACUCUGUCGCAGGAGCUGAAAGGAGCAGAGAUGAUAAUGAUCGAAACAUAACAAUUUCACUAGAAGAGUACGAGUCCUUGAUUAGUAAAGCUGCGAAGGUCAACCAAUCUGCAACAAAAGACUUAAAUAUGUUAACUACAUAUGAGAACAGAAAUGAAAUGGAGACAUUGAAGAAGGAAUUGGAAGUUGCAAGUGCGAAAGUUUCAGAGUUCAGGACUCGAACAGAACAGGCAGUUACAAGAGCUGAAGCAGCUGAGAGAGCUAAAUUAGCACUUGAAGAUCAGCUCAGGAAGUGGCGAGAACAGAAGAAGAGAAGAAAAGCUGCAUUAGCUGCACUUCGGGAGGAAUCAUUAUCGAGGGAGUUUGGUUCUUCCUCGUGUGGCAACACACCAAUAAAUUAUCAGCCGUUGGGAAAGGUUCUGAACAUGAAAUUCUGAUCUUUGGAAGUAAACUUUUCACAGUGUGAUGGUCCUCUCAGCCAUUUUGCUUGUAUUAAGACUCUCUUAUCUAUGUUCUACAUAUAGCUCAAAUUAAGAUAUCUGAAAUCAAAAUGAAAUAAAUCGAUUUGAAUCAUUUCAUCAAUUGUUGCGAUUUCAAUAAUCAAGAAAACCCCAAUUUUUGUCUCUAACAUAACCCCAUUUCUUCACAUUUCAACGAGCAGGCAGAACCCAAAGAAACUCAAAUUGGAUCACAACCAAACUUCAGACAAGCUCAAUGAAAUAAACUAUCCAACUUAGAAAUCACAAUCAAAUAAUCCUUAAUUUU